GAAAGAGAGCAUUGUACGUGAAAGCGUUACACGUAUAAUUCCAAUAGCUCACAAUAAAUGGCAAAUCGGCAAAUUCAUAGUGCCGACUGAUGAUUACACGAUUAUGGGGACAUGCAUUACUCGAUCACAAGGUGGACCCUCAGGAAAUAACAAGAAUCCCACGGAGGCUUUUAACGGUGAUGCUACUAAUGAAGAAGCCAACCAAAAGGAAGAUCAAAACGAUGUUAUCGGUGCCUCCUCACAUGAGCAACCUGUAUUCCAAGGAGAUGCUGAAUAUACGAGUUGUUUAAGUGAAGCCUAUGCAGACCUUGGGGACUCAUCCUAUGAGUGCGAAUUUUGUGGGGCUUUGUUUUGGUACGAAGAAAGAGUAAAGAAAAGUCCUGCAGGAAAACCACCAAGAUUUUCCCUGUGUUGUAGUCAAGGAAAUGUUGUGCUGCCUGCAAUGAAAGAGCCACCUGAACCUUUAAAAAGUUUGAUAUUUGGUUCUAACGAGCGUAGCCGUCAUUUUCUCCAAAACAUCCGCUCAUAUAAUUCCAUGUUUGCAUUUACUUCUAUGGGAGGAAAACAAGACAAAGACAUCAAUCAAGGGAAAACGCCACCAAUAUUUCGAAUAAAUGGACAAAACUACCAUAGAAUUGGUAGUCUUCUUCCAAGGGACGGUGGUCAACCCAAAUUUUUGCAGAUGUAUUUAUGUGAUCCAAGUGAAGAAACCUCAAAUAGACUUAAAGCUGUCA